AUGGGCAAAAAUGGGGAAAAGCCGGGCUUUUGCAAGAAUUCAGCACCUCCUCAACAGACCCAAGUAACAGUUCAGCAGUUACAUCAGGCUGGAUUUACAAACUCUGCCCCACCAUCAUCCUGUAACAUUGGCCAACAUUCCAGCGUUCAUUAUACUACAAGAAAAGAACAUCUCGGCACACUGAUAACUCCUACUUCAAACUGUACUUGUAGUAACCCUAAGACAAAUGGUGCAGACAAUUCUAGUCAGUCUCAAAGGUAUAAAGUGAUUGCGGGACAACUUUCACGGACUAAUACUAGCUAUGAGCUCAGGCAUGACAACUCUGAUAACUCUAGUGAAUGUGGGGACUUGCGUUACAGAACUCCAAGUCGACGAACUAAUUCUGCCUCAUCAUCUAGGAGUAGAACUAUAACAGGGAAAUCUCCAACUAAAAUCACUGUGCCUGCAAACCCUAACUCUCGUGCAUAUCCAGUUCAAGCUCUUACUAUUGCUUUGAAGGCUGGAUACCAGAGACAACAAAAUGGAAAAGCUGAUGUUUGUCCUUCGCCUAAACCCCUCGAUAACCUUAACUGUGUAGCUCCUGAAAAACAGCCAGCAGCAAUAGAUAGGAAGAAUGUAGACCGCAAUUUAGAGCUAGCACUGAAAGUGCAUAGUCUGAAUGACCUACUUACAACAAAUGAGGUUCCACUCCGGGGUUACGCAUUACCAAAAAGUAUGCCCCCAAAUCCUAACCCCAAUAAUAAAAGUUUAAAAAGCCAUCCAGAAUUGGACGGGUUAACAUGGGCAGAAAAAUUAGAAGUUUUACGAUCGGUGAACAAAAAGCGCGAUAAGCCGAAGACUAAACAACGCAAAUUGAAAUACGUUAAAGCCGACCCUAACGACCCUCUCUACAUGUGGGCUUUUGAACAGGAUCAAUUGUAUGAACAGCGUAGAAUAAAGCACCUCGUUGAGCAGGCUCGUAUAAAGGGAGGGAAGCACUUUGACUGGGUCUAUGAAGCUCAGGUUAAAGCACAGGAGAUAGACUGGGACACAACCGAUAAACGUUCCGAACGUGAUGUACCGGGUAGCGGAAACUCUACAGAUGAUGAUGAUUGUGAGGAAGAGGCAGCAGGGGACAAAAAUCUUGGGAAAUAUGGAAUAAAUGUACCUCCUAAACAAGUUAACAGAAGGCUUUUUAAUGUUCAUAAAGUUAACAGGUCGAAAACCUACAUUGCACCUUAAGUUAUGUUAAAAAGACACAACACUUUAAAUCUUUUUUAAUCUGUUGAAUUUGUGUGAUGGAUUUAUCCAGCUUUAAUUUGAUUUGUCCCUUCAAAGUUUGAGAGAUUUUAAAUUUUUAUUAUUCAAAUCAAGAAAAGAGCUACAUGUACAACAGUAUAGAGCUUGGUCAGGCUGCAUUGGAUAAUGCUCUAUAGUUGUGACUAAGGUUAAUCACUUAUGGUUAACAGCAGUUGGGCUAUAGUAUACACUUGUGCUGAACAUUCUAGAAGUUCUUUAAUUAUUUUAUUUCACCCUUGACCUGCUGAAUUUCUUAAAUGGACUUGUCCAGCUUCCAUAUUUUGGGAACUGUCCAUUAUCAAUUAUAGGGAUAUCAAAAUGAAAAUUUAAAGGCCAGUCAGCAUUAUAGAAUUUGGUCAGGCUGAAAGGAAGGAGGUUCAGGCUGACCUGGCUCUAUACUGGUGGCAAAGGUUAAUAACUUUUGAUUCCAGUAGGUUAUGGGUUAAAGGAUUUGUGGCUCAAGCAAUAGGCAGCAGUCUGUGUCCUGAAAAUUGUUGAAAAUUCAUCAAUGCUGGAACCACAAAGAUAUAUUGUAAGCCUUUGCCAAGUUAAAACAGCCUGCAGGCAAGCCAGCCUGUACACCCAGUUUGUCAGACAUAAGGCUCUUAUCUGUAACGAUAGCUCAAUUUUUGUAUUUUGCCAUAAAGUAGCUAAUCUGCAGUAGCUAAAGACAUUACCCAAAAAUGCCAGGAAAUAUUAUAACAAUGAAAUACUAUAGUAAUGGUUUUCGAUUAAAAUGAUACUACUCUUGAAAAUUAAUAAUCCAAGUCCUUGAAACCUGGUUACUAAAAUAAUGUAUAAUGACCACUGACCUUUAAAGCCAGUUACUUCUUACAUUGAAAAUUAAUGACCCCUGACCUUGAGAACGUGAUAAUAACAUUUUCUGUGAUAUUCAUGAUGUGACAAUCAUAAUGUAUUUUUUUUAAAGCAAACACCUUUAGAUAUGUUGUUGUUUUAUGAAAACUUUCUUAUUGUUAUAAUGAGAUAAAUUAUUGUCAAAAUUGUUGUAAUUUUCUCCUACUGCUUGGUCCUAUUUAUCACGCUUAAUAUCUUAAAAUGAAUUGCCCAUCUUUCAUGUUGGACAAAACCAUUUAUCAUUUUUAGGGAAAAUUACAAAAUAUGCACUGCUUAUAUGACUGAAAUACUGUUGGGAAAAGGCGUAAAAUGAAACAAACAAACAAACAAAAACAAAAUAUGCACAGACUGAAAAUUGAACAGUGCAGACCAUGGUUAGAUGUCACAGAUUGUGUCGUCUGCUGAUUUGGUCCGCACUGGUCACGUAGUCAG